AGAAACUUUAUUGGAGAGAUAGAAAAAAAUUAUGCCUUUCUUCUCUCCUCCUUAGACAAGAUGUGAGAGAGAAGAGAGACACAGAGAGACAGAGAGAGAAAGAGAGAGAGAGAGAGACAGUGAUAAAGAGAUAAUUUGAAAGACUAUAUAUAAAAGUAGUGCUUUUGCGUGCGUGCGUGCGUGUGCGUGUGUUUUUGUUUUGUAUCUUCGUUUGCUGCUUGUCAUGACUUCAAUGUUUCAAAGAUUGGUGUUGUUGGCGGCGAGCGCCUGGUGUGCGGGCGCCAGCCAGCGCCUGGUGGUGGAGCAGGGUGGCUACGCGCGCCUCAUGGCUUCCCCGCCGCCUAUGGCUGACCUCACGCUGGCCGCCUGGGUCAACGUGACGGCCUUCCCAGAGGGCAUCGCGCCCAUCCUCACGCUGGUGGCCCCCGACGCACAGUCCCAGACAGCAUUCUUCCUGCGUCACGACGGCGUGGGCGUGCUGUGGGGCGGUCCUUCCGGCGCACCCGCCCACCCUCUGGACCGCGUGGACCGCCAUCCACGCACGCGCUGGGCGGUGGCGCCCUCCCGACACAGGCGCGAGGCCAUCGACUACAGCCGCGGCCUGGGGGACAUCGUGGACCUGCUGGCGGACCCCCGCAGCGGCCGCUCCUACGACACGUGGUCGCCCUACGGCUUUGUGGACGUGGACCAGAUGGGCGUGGAUGACCUGCAAGCGGCGCCCUCCAGCUUAUCUGAGGGCCUGCACAUCCUGCCGGUGCGGGAGGGCGUGGCGCGUUCAGAGUCGUACAGUGACUGGACCAAUGUGCCCUACGAGCUCACCAUGCUGGAGAGCGGCCGCCCCACCAUCAUCACGGAGCCUUCGGGGGCUGACGACUUCGUCUUCUUCAAUUGGAACGUGCCGCCCGCCGCGCCCCAGACCAUCCCGGAGUCCCCCAACCAGUGGUCCCCCAUCUGGCGCGACAAGACGCCGCGCCCCCCGCCCAACACCCGGGCCAAGGCGCCGCCCAAGACUGAGGUUCCCGCCCCCCACACCGACAGACCGGGGGGGUGGAGCUCCCAGGUGGAGGAGGUCAAGCUGGAGCUGAGCGGCUGGCGGCCCCAGCCCAUCCUCGGCCCUGUAGUGGUGGACCCGCCCAGCCCCGCCGACCAACCCGUCGCACCCACCCUCAGACCCUCGCCCCAGCCCGCCCCGACCCGUCGCCCAGCCCCCACAGCCCAGCCCACCGCUGCCCCGACCACCACCACCACCACUACCACCACAUCCACCACCACCCCUACCACCACUACCACCACCACCACAGAGUUCCCCACUACGAAGGCCACCACCAAGGGCAAGCCCACCACCACCUCUCCCAAGCGCCCCGCCGCCAUCACCACCUCCCGCACCACGCGCCCCACUGCCGCCCCCUCCCCCUUCACACGCUACACCACCCGCAGGUUCACCGCCGCGCCCACCACCACACCCUCCCGCAAGACGCGCCCCACCGUGCCCGCCUCGCGCCAGCCCCCCAGAAUGCCCCUGUGGAAGCUCAUCAAGAAUCCUGCCAUGGCGCACCACCACGCCGCCACCAAGCCCAAGACCCACGCCCGCCCCGCCCCCACCACUACCACCACCACCACCACCACUACCACCACCUCUAGACCCACCACACCAAGACCUACCACCACUACCUCCACCACCACCACUACCACCACCACUCCCUUCACCUUCCGCACCACCACAACCCCCCGCGCUCCUCGAACCACACCAACCACAACCACCCGCGCCCCCACCCGCAGGCCGCCCGCCCCUCGCCCGCUGCCUGCCACCGACAAGCUGCACGUGGGCGGCCAGAAGUCUAAGGUAUCGGUGUGGUCGACACGCAAGCCCGCACCGCGCCCUGACAAGUGGUCCAGCGACACCAGCAUCGCGCCGCGCCACGUGCAGGAGUUCCGGCGCGCCAUGGAGCAAGUCCAGGUGGUGCGUGACGGCGAUACCGCAGUGGUGUACUCCGUGCCCAUCACUGACGUGGAGGCCUUCAACGCCAUGUACCGCCAGUACCAGCAGCAGGAGACGCGCCACCACGCCGCGCCCUCAGAGGAAGAAAACAACCCUAACCGCCUGGGUGACGACGACCUCGGCCAGCUGCCUGACUACCAGGAGACCGUGGCCCUCGCGGUGCUACGGGAGGAGGAGGCGGUGCUGGUGCCCACCGAAGACCCCCUGCCGCCCACACCCCCCCGAGGCUCGGCGGCGGUCACGGAAGGACGCCCAGUCUCUACCAGCCAAGCCACGCCCCCCCCAUCCACCAAGCGCUGGCCACAUUUCACAGUGGCCAGCCGCGGCGAGCUGCGCGGCGACCAACGGCCUCCCGUCACCUACUACCAACCGCCCCCAACUCGCCUGCCCCUCAGCCCCACGCACAGGCCCACCACCCACGCUCCGCCCCGACCCUCGCCCACCACCACCACACGCCUCGUGACAAAACCUACCACCACCACCACCACCACCACCACCACCACCACCACACAGCCUCCACCCACCACGUCUGCCUCCCGCGCUCCAGUCACCCUCCCUCCGCGAGUGUUCCCCGCCUACACCCCCAUAGUCCGCCUCCCUCCCCAGGAACACAGCCCGCCGGCCGUCUCUUCCUCCUUUGCCGUGUUCCACGAAGAGCCCGAGACGCCCCUCGCCCUGCCGGCGGUGCAGGAGUCAGGCGUGCCCGCCGCCCACUACCAAGAGGCGGCACCGCUGUUCCUGGAGCAGCUACCGCCCCAGUAUAUCAAGCCUGAGGAUCUGCCGCGCCCGCUGGCCACCACGCGCCGCGAAGACGCCGAGCGCCUCGAGGAACUCAUCUUCAGCGCCGACCCGGAGGAGCUGCUGCGCCGCGGCCUGCUGCCCCGCCCCGUGCACUACGUCAGCUCCCAAGAUGAGGCCGACCAGUGGGUGCAGCAGCAGUACCAGAGCAGGGGCGGAGCCUCCCAGGUACCUGCCGUGUCUGCCGGCAACAAACUGCCGCAGGAGGCGCCCAAGGCCACCACUCAACGCCAGGAGGGAGGUUUCCAUUUCAAGAAGUUGCCCUUCGACUUUCGCCCCAACGAGUGGUACCACGUGACCUUCAGCUGGAGCAGCCGCGACCAUCAAGCGGCGGUGCACGUCAACGGGCGCCUGGUGGGCACGCUGAGCGGCGUGCUAGCAGGGCGCGAAUCGCUGCCUGGCGGCGGCCUCACCGUGGUGGGCCACACGCUGCUGCCUGACCUCACGGACUUCGAUCCCACCUCACACUUCCAGGGCGAGAUCAGCCAGCUGAGCAUGUGGGACGUGCGGCUAGACGAAGCACAGGUGCAGGAUGUGUACCACUGCGGCCCCCCGCCCCCCACCACCCCGGCCCUCGACUGGCAUCAGCUCUCCAUGAGGUUCUACGGUGAGGUGUCCCUGCGCACAGGCGAGGCUCUGUGCGGGGCAUGAGGCGGCCACCAUCCCUCCCCACCAGGUGUCCGGUGAAGCAGUGUGUGCUUGUGUGUGUGUGUGUGUGUGUUUGUAGUGUUACUGCCACGCCCCGCCCCGCCCCGCCAGACAUUGCUGGGAGAGGCGGCGCCCUGACUGGACUCUGUGCAGGCACACAGUUCAGUGCCGCUCAGCGCGGGGCUGCUUGCAUUACUCCUGGCCCCUUGGGCCCCCCCGUGGUGUCCGCGCCGGUGGGGCUGUGUGGGUGUGGCAGGCUGUGCUCAAUGGCCGGUGACACGGCACAGCCCUACACCAUCACCACCACCAUCACCACCACCACCACCAGGGAGGCGUUGCGGCGCCCCUCACCCACGCCCCCACCCGCCGCCCACGCUGCGUGGGUGGCGCGGGCUGUCCUGCACCCUCAGCCCCGCCUCGGUGUUUCUUCACAUUGUUAACUUGUUAAACAUUAGUUACUAUUUAUAGCCGCCUCAGCCCCGCCCUGCCCUGCCCUGCCCCGCAUGUGUGGCCUGGCGGGCCCCUCCCCCUACAUACACCAUGUCCUGCCCCCUCACCCCCAGCCCCUACCCUCUACCGCCAGGCGACACCCUUCAUCUACAUCCUCAUCACAUCACUCUGUACAUCACUGCCAUCCUCACACAUCACAACAGCCUGCCUUCCCCCCUCCCCCUCCCUUCCACUCGUCACGCUGUGUAGUGUAGUGUAGGUUAGGUUUGGCUCUGAGGUGUAUCGGAUGUCUGCAUUGCCGGACACAACAAUGCCAAUUGUGUGGGUGUGCAUACCGAUCA